GGCGCCCUGCGGCCAGCAGCCAUGGGGGCGGCCGGGUGGCCGGUGCGGCUGGUGCGGCUGGGCCGGGUCUCGCUGGGGGCGUCGCUGGGGGCGCAGGCGGCGGCGGCGGCGGCGCUGCAGCGGGGCUCGGCGGCGAGGGAGGAGCCGGAGCGGCUGGUGCUGUGGGAGCCGCGGGGCCCGGUCUACACGGCGGGGCUGCGCGGGGAGCCGGGGCUGGAGGCGGGCGAGCUGGCGGGGCGGCUGCGGGCGCUGGGGGCGGAGGUGGCGCACGUGGGCCGCGGCGGGCGGCUGACCUUCCACGGCCCGGGCCAGCUGGUGGCCUACCCGGUGCUGGACCUCCGCCGCCGCCGCCUCGCCCUCCGCGCCUACGUGGCCGCCCUGGAGCGCCUGGCCCGGGACGUCUGCCGCCGCCUCGGCCUCCCGAGCGCCCGCGCCCUCCCGCCGCCCCGCACCGGCGUCUGGCUCGGGGACCGCAAGCUCUGCGCCAUCGGUGUCCAUUGCGGGAGACACAUCACCACGCACGGAUUGGCCCUGAACUGUUGCACCGACCUGUCCUGGUUCGACCACAUCGUCCCGUGUGGCCUGGAGGGGCUGGGGGUGACCUCCCUUAGCCAGGAGCUCCAGAGACCCGUCUCGGUUGAAGAAGCCACGCAGCCCUUCCUGGAAGUGUUCCAAGAAGUCUUUAACUGUCGUUUAAGCGAGGAGGAAGCAGCCGCUGUGGAGGAAUGAUCGACCCGAAGAGGCCGAUUGGGUUGCAAAAUCCUGGAUUGUCUCUUCGGGAAAUAUUAAAAGGAUGGGAGUUUU